CCGGAAAUCCCAUGACUAUGAUCAACCGAACAGAAGCAAAGUUCCCUGUGUUUCAUUGCGGAGCUAAGGUGGUGCCAGGGCUGUGGCGUUGUUUACUCAAUUACUAUCAUGACAGUGGAAUGAGUUGGUCCCGCUGAAAACUCUUUUAUCAGUCAGAAUCGAAAUGCAGCUUUACCAUCGCGCUCCAUUAUAAAGAUGUUAAUGAUUACCCAAGAGGUCGGGGACUUAAACACAGAGAUAUCGACACACUGAGCUCCGUUAAUCACUUAACAUGUCAGGAGGUAAGCUCUUCGGUAAGGUGCGGUCCGCCUUCAGGAGGGACCGCACCGACUGGAACCUGAGCGACUCGGCUCCCUUUGACUUCUCCGACGAGCUGGUGGAGGAUGACGAGGCCCCCAAGUUCAACAAGCUGAAGGUGGUCGUCUCCGGAGAGAUGUCCGACUACUCGGCCGGGGCUUCGUCCAACGGGGUGGCGGUGAGCACCGUGGUGGUCCCGCCUGGAGCUGGAGGAGAUGAAGAUGAUGAUGACUCCCUGCUGGACUCCUCGUCCACUCUGGGCAGCCCUGGUUUGAACAUGGACCCAUGUGACAACUGCAACAAGAAGAGGGAGAGGAUCAGGCACAGGAGGGUGAUGAAGAGGCUCAUCAUUGCAGCUAUACUGUACUUCCUGUUCAUGACGGGGGAAGUUAUAGGUGGUUAUGUGUCGAACAGUUUAGCAAUAAUGACUGAUGCCGUGCACAUGCUAGCAGAUGUGGUUGGUAUCUUGUUUUCUCUGCUGGCCCUGUGGCUCUCCAACAAGCCACCCACCAAGAGAUUCACCUUUGGACUACAUCGCCUUGAGGUGGUGUCGGCGGUCCUCAGUGUGCUGCUCAUCUACAUCCUGACGGGCGUCCUGCUGUACGAGGCCGUCUUGAGGACCGUGCAUCAGGACUUUGACAUAGAUGGGGAUAUCAUGCUCAUCACUGCAGCUGUAGGGGUGGCGGUUAAUCUUAUAAUGGGUUUUCUGUUAAACCAAGGCGGCCACCUCCACUCUCACGGUCAUGGUCACAGUCACGGUCACGGUCAUUCCCACGGCCCGGCUGCUGCCCCAUCUGGUUCACACUCAGCCGGGUCGGGUCAGCAGAGGCCCACCGGCAGCCUCGCCGUUAGAGCGGCCUUCAUCCACGCUUUGGGAGAUCUCCUCCAGAGCGUCGGCGUGCUCAUAGCUGCUUACGUCGUCCGCUUCAAGCCGGAGCUGAAGCUGGCCGACCCCAUCUGCACCUACAUUUUCUCAGUUCUGGUCCUCUUCACCACAGUCCGCAUCAUUCGAGACACGAUAGUCAUAGUCCUGGAAGGUGUUCCCAGACAUUUGGACACCCAGCGAAUCAAAGAGGACCUCCUGAAGCUGGAGGACGUCCAGUCUGUCGACGAGCUGAAUGUCUGGGCUCUGACGGCUGACAAGACCGCAGCGAUGGUGCACUUGCAGCUCACUCCCUCUAGUGCCAACAACUGGGAAGACGUCCAGGCCAAGGCGCGCCACCUGCUGCUCCACACCUACGGCCUCACCAGAUGCACAGUGCAGGUCCAGACUCACAGACAGAGGACGGUACGUAGCUGUGCGCAGUGUCAGCAGCCCAGCGUCUGAGAGUCUCUGUUUCAUUGACAUGCGCGGUCCGUUCCAGCGGAGGCAGGGAUGUCUCGGCGCCGAUCGGUGCCUUUGCAAGUAUAGAGACAUGGAUGGGGAAAAACGGCGGUGCCUAAGCACAGUCAGUGGAACGACAACAGACGCACAUUUCUAAUUGGAGGAGAACUGCAGCCUCUUGGGGACCUAAUGCCCUGUGCUUGCAUCGCUCUCAUUGGGUGGAAAAUUAUCUCUUAUGCUGAGAAUAAUCUGAAAACUUGACCUUAAUUCACCAUUAAAGCCUACUGCAACAGGUGAUUUUUUUUUUCAUUUGUAUCAAAGAAUUUUGCUUUGUUUCAAAUUAUGUUUGGUUAUUAAAAAAUUAUUACUUCAUUGUAAUGUGUUCAAGCUGGAUGCUAUGAUCUUAAUGUAAUAGAGUGGAAAUCAGCAAUUUUGGUUUGAUUUUGUAGCUGGCCUCAGUGCAUGCAAGCUAAACCUUUUCAUGGGUUACGAGACUCACUUUUUUAUCAUUUCUAUUUUGUCAACAUUACACCUCGUCAAAUGUGUUCACCUGAAGUCUGUUACCAGGCAGAUUUCUGUCUCUGUAAAGAAAAUCAAAGGUGAAUAUUCCAAAUAUUCCAAAAGUAACAUCAUGGUUGCUUCACUUGCAUAAUGUAAUAAUUUACUGACUAUACUACAUUAAGAAACAGAGUGCUAAUGAUCAAUAAGACUGAAGAUAUCAUUGACCUACAGUGUGAGGAUAUAAUUAUAAAGCUAUGCAGAUCAGUUUUAGUGCUCAGAGCACAAGGGAUGACUGGAUUUGCUAUUUAUGGUAUUUUCUGAAGAGUUGAGAGAAUGUAAGGGGGGAUGUCUAAAUCUCCACUUCCCCCCCAAAAAAUAGUAUUAAAAACUGGACCACAGUUUUGGCAUAAUAAAGUUUUCAGUUGUG